GACAUAAAAUUAUCAAGUUAUCGAUUUUAUACGUUUCAAUUCGCUGAAUUUGUUAGUGCUGUGCUUCAGGUUAUAAUUGUUGUAGUUAGUUAAUUAUUGUAGAAUAUUUUAUAAAGUGAGAGUGGGACGAGGCGGGAAAUCAAUAAACGGCUGGAGAUACGUCGGGUGGUGCGAAAGCUACAGCAGCGGAUUACUGUUACACCAAAUCGUACACAGUGACAUAAAAAAAUAAUAUAACAAUUUACAGCAGAACAAAUAUAAGAUGGCUGGUGGCGGAGACCCAAAAUGGCAGAAAGAUGCAUCGGAUCAGAAUUUCGACUACAUGUUCAAACUCCUCAUUAUUGGAAACAGUUCUGUAGGAAAAACCAGUUUUCUCUUCCGUUACGCGGAUGACUCAUUCACAUCAGCAUUCGUAUCGACGGUAGGGAUCGAUUUCAAGGUGAAGACGGUCUUCCGCCACGACAAGCGGGUCAAACUUCAGAUAUGGGAUACUGCGGGGCAAGAGCGUUACCGGACUAUUACGACGGCAUACUACCGAGGAGCCAUGGGUUUCAUUCUCAUGUACGAUAUCACCAACGAGGAGAGUUUCAACAGUGUGCAAGAUUGGGUGACGCAAAUAAAGACGUACUCAUGGGACAACGCGCAAGUGAUCCUGGUUGGCAACAAGUGCGACAUGGAGGAGGAGCGUGUUGUGAGCGCGGAGCGCGGGCGGCAGUUAGCAGAGCAGCUGGGCGUCGAGUUCUAUGAGACCAGCGCUAAGGAGAACAUCAAUGUUAAGUCCGUGUUCGAGCGCCUGGUGGACAUAAUCUGCGACAAAAUGUCAGAGAGCCUGGACUCCGAGCCGGCCAUGCUUGCCGGCGGCGCUCGCGGCCAACGCCUCACGGAGCAGCCGCAAGGGAACACGAGCAGCAACUGUAACUGUUAAUGUACUGUCAAUUUUAACUGGGCUAUGGCUUUGGAAGCUGGUGAUGCGUUUAGCACUCGUGGUAGCAGUGUCGUAAAACUGGGCCUCUAGGAAAAUUUACAAUCGUUGACUCUUUGUAGCGGACCCUCGCGCCAAUACGGCACACGGCGGUCGGAACGCAGUCUGGCUCUGUCGAGCAAUUACUACAGAAGAGCGAUAGAGAAGGCUAGCUACGAUACGCUUACGGAGCGUCAAUGAUUUCAAUCUUGGCUACAGGCCCUGAUGAGUCAAUACAAUAUAGCAAUGCACAAAAUCCAAUUUGUAUUUAGUAGGUAUUUACGAGGCAUCUGGCGCUUAGUCGCUUGUAAGGGAAAUUUUUAUUCUAACAUCUAGAGGUUAUCGAUCAGAAUGUAACUAAUGACCUUGUUCAGGCAAUAGGACCAAUCGAUCAUGCGUUAGUUUUAUUUAGAACGGUUGAAAUUACCUGAUUCUCUCAUUUUUCGUAUACACAUAUUCUACUACGAGUGCUUUGUUCGCUAAAUUAUUUAGAGCUACCUCCAAGAAGUAAACCAAUAUUGAGGAGAGAGUAAGAAACAUAGUUAAUUUUAAUCAAUUUAUACAUUUCUGUAUUCCUAAAUUGAAAUAAAUACCCUUUACGGUUCCAAUAUUAUGAUGUUUUACCCACUACAUAAUUUGUCACAGGACAUUAGAUUUUAACACUACCAUAGAAUUAACACUUAUAAUAUUUGAACGAAAAAUAUUAUUAUUACAAAUGUUAAAACUUAUGUGUAUCUAUAUAAUAUUAUUGAUUAUCUAGGUGUUAGGUAGAUAUAUCUAUUGUGAGCUGGAGUAGGGAUCUGAUACUUCUUAUAUAGCUAGUUGUUGACCUCCUGAUGGUUCCCUUUCAUUAGUUUUGGUCUUGUUGAGUCUUAGUUGUUUAUAUUUAGCUUGAAUUAAAUGUUGCGCAUCACUAAGUAACAUUAUUUUAAUAUACACAACAAUUAACAACGAGAAAAAAACAAUUCAAGGAUUUGAAAUUCGUGUUCAAUUAACAUGAAUCAUUCUACUGAAAUAAAUGGUUUGGUUAUACAUAAUCUCGACUUCUAAAUACUAAAGCGAAGUCUUUAUGUAUUCGUAAAAAUUUGAACCAAAAAAAGUAUUGAAAGAUUAGUAAAUUAUAUUAAUUAAAGCAGGUAUAAUAAAACUACUGUUAAUGUUUUUAUUUGUCGUCUAUAUUUAUUUGGAGAUAUGAUGAGUAUUGAUAACUUUAUUGAACAUUUAAGUACUUAAUAUUAUAAGUAGCUGAAUUAGUUGUUAACUUCGUUGUAGCUAAUUUUUAUUUAGCUUGCUGUCUAUUUGUAUCAGGUACUGCUUGUACUUAGCAUUUCACUAUGUAAAUACGUUAACCAGUGUAUAAAAUGAACUACUGUAUAGUAUUAUGUCUACGUACUAUAUAAAUCUGUUUGUAUUCUUGUUACUACGCUAUGAUAAUACUAAUAAAUAUAUUUAGGUGUUUAUUUAAAAAUUAUCGUUAGGAUAAGUCAUGUUUUAUUUGUGUCCUUUAUGUUUAUUGCUUACGUUAUAUUAUAUUAUAUACCGUCUAUAACGACUGGGUUCAACCAUUUUAUGUAAUUUGUAUUUAUAAAUACAGAUUUGAAAUAACAAAAUAUUCAAUACUGCAUAACAUUACACAAGUGAUAACAUGCUGAAAACGUACUAUUAUUUGGGAUAUGUACGUUUUGUGAAGGAAAGUAAAUCAAUGUCAGUUUGGUAACGAUAUUUAAGUAUUUGUUUUUUUCAGCAUGCAGCAGCAGCAGAAUUUCAUAAGCUAUAUGACGAUAUUGCAAUGUCAAGGAAGCCGAAAUAUUAAAUCAUAACUGUUCUAAACGGACACAGCAAUUCACUUCUAUUAACUUGUCACUCUAAAAGGGUACCUAGCAUAUAUGAAAAGUCACAUUAUGAGUCGUUAGAAUUAGUAUUUUAGUGUUUUUAUAAGAAUGUUUUCUUUUAACUCACACUGUCGUUAUGGGCGGAUCCCACAGUAGGUAUUGAGUAGGUAUGUGUAUCUGGCGCGUUUCCCUCAUGUGAAAAUUACAACUAGGUGUAUCUGUAGAAGACAUAGACAAUACGAUUUAUAUCAAGUUAUGUUGAAACAUGAGCACAUUUAUUUUUUUAGAUACUAAUUAUGUAUUAUUUAGAUUUAAGAAUAAGUCAACGUUUUGAUUUGGUGAAAUCGAACUAUUAAAAAUACGUAACUAUUUAAUUAGAUGACUAUAUUUCGAUUGCUUGAAGAAGAAAAAAGUACAAUCAGUACAAUCACGUUUGUCUAUUGUACUUUUGAAGCAGAAUCCAAUUUAUUAAAAACUAUAAUGAAAUCUUAUCUUAUGAUUCUUAUGAAUUAUCAAUAGAAAAAAGUAUUACGUGUUUAUCAAAGCCUAGAAUCAGCUUGAAAAAAAAAUGUAGGUAUGUUUUAAAAUAAUUAAAAAUGUAUGUGUCAAUCUGACAAAUAUAAUAAACUACGACGGGAAACAUUACAAAAUUUUAGAGAGAAGCUCUUUUCGAUCGACUGUACCUAUAACUUGAAACCUUUCUAGGUUUGACCUGGCAGAGUAAAUAAGUUUUGUUAACUUAUCGUCAUUAUGAAGGUGAAUCGCCGGUGAGUGUAGUUCGUUACAAUAUAAACUGUAGCUGUGGAUAUAAUUUCCACAUUUUAUUAUCGGCCCGAUACGAACAAUGUUUAGAGAAAACUAAAGGACAUAAGUUUAUGAGGUAUUUGUACUAAACGAUGUGUAAAAUCUUCAAGAAAAGAGCGAACACCCAUCUUAAAGGCCGGCAACGCACCUCCAACACCUCUGGUGUUUCGGGUGUCCAUCGGCGGCAGUGAUCGCUUUUACCAUCAGGUGACCUGUCUGCUCGUUUGCCUCCUAUCGCAUAAAAAAAAAACUUAACAGUAGUAUCGAUUCCGCAGUCUUUUGACAGCAAAAUCUUUUAGUCAUCCAUCCUAUAGGUAUUGGUUCGACGUGUCAUCUCUCUGACACUUAAAUAUGAUUGAACAAAUGAGUGCGAAAAAUUACUCGAUCCCAGCACGGGAAGCAUGGUCGCGCGAUAGACGAUAAAAUAGCAGGCCGUCCCUAUCGCACUAUUUGUAAGUGCUUCCCGUGCAGUACGAUAUAUCUAAAAUGUUAAAGUGUCAUUGAUUGCUCGAAUAACAGUUGCUUCUCCAUAUCUUAUCCAAAACUAAAACCGUCUAGUGUCGUAUCGUAAGAUUAUCCUGAAGUUCGAAUUGGGCAUAACAUAAAUCGGAUAAGGCGUGGCGUAGCCGGAGGGAAUGGGCUUGUUAAAACAGUAGUCGUAUCGUAUUGUAUCUAGCAGUGUGUGUAAGCCCUGUAGCAGGGCGCGAAAAAGCAUAUCGUAGUGACGGGCUUUAAAGGCCAGUUCAGACGGACACUGAUAUGAGAACGAUAUCUAAAAGAUUAUGAUGAGUUAGAUAAUGGUGUCCCACACUGGCUGUUUGUUAUGAAUGUUGUAUAACAUUGUGUGACAGGGACAGCGCGAUGGCAUUGACAUUACAGAAGUAGGAGCGAAAUUUCGCAGUCAAUAUUUGAAUGAUGUCUGUUAGAUAUCCUAAUGGUAUUAGUGUCAGUUGCAAUUGGCCUGUUAGUAAAUUGUGUUAUUUAGCAAAUAAAUUUAACCAUCAUAUUUUUGCUAUAUUUAAGUUUAAUUUGCAGAAUAUGUAAACUUAAUGAACGUUUUUUCUACAGUAUAUUACACAAAUUUUGGCAUGAUAAGCUGCAAGAAAGAAUGAAACUAGUAGUAUUCAUAAUUGUAUGUUAUAUAAUAUUUGUUGUGUGUUAAAGGAAUUAUUUAAAGAUACACCCGUGUAAAAGAUUCACGAAUAUAAAUUAUAUAAAUUAUUAAAUAUUCAGAUGUUUCUCUGAUUCAUU